GUAGGUUGUCCACUGGCACUCUGGUGCCAAGUUGCGCAUGUGUGCUGCUGCCGAGUGCAUAGUGGCAAGUGAGAACAUUUUUUGCUGCCCACAUGGCCCUCUAGAGGCUAAAUGUGUUAUUUUAAUUAUUUUUUGAAGAAGAAAGUAGGCAAAGUUGCAGAGUAAUGAAGGUUUUUGCUUUAUUCGUUGGUAGCUUCUGCCCCAUUCGCCAUAGUCCAGAAUGGCAAAAUUAUGGAUUUUAGUAAACUUUAUGGGUCAUGGCUUGAUUGUGCAUUUUAAUAAUAAUUAGGUGAGAGAUAAUUUAAGUAGGUAGUGUGAAUUUUUUAGCACCAUAAUGUGCAAGAAAAUUACUGUCUACUGUCUGUCAGGGCUAAUAAGCUCAGAUAAAUUAAACAUUUCUUACUACCUAUCCCACCCACAGACCUAGAAUUGGAAUUUUUCUACUACUUAUUACUAAAAUCUAAUCUUGUGACUUGAAAGUGCCAAAUUUUUAAUAGAUUUCAAAUCUUGUAGCUGAAUUGUGUACUUUUGUUAACAAUUAUACAGUAGGUAAUUCAUCUUUUAGGAAUCUUGCUGAGAUUCCUGAAAUGCCAUGAUUCUCAUGUUCAGUAAAUGGCAGGGCCAGGAGAGCUCUACCUCUCUAGCUGCAGCUCUAAAGGUAAAUAUAUUUCAUACCAAAUCCCACCUAUGAGAAAGACUUAUCUAUUUUUAAAUAUGUAUUUUCCAGUGGGCUAAUUGACCAAUUGUUGAUAAAACUAUACUAUUGAGUGAGGGUGCUAAAUGCGUGGAAUACCUACCUAUGUCUACUUUCCAUGCCACAACAUGAGCUGUCUUGCCUUUUUUGGAGCCACAAGAUUUCUGGUAGCUGAAUUAUCUCUCCUCUAAUAGUAAACAAAAGUGCCUAAUCAAGCCACAAGAUUCCAAAUUUAUUUUAAAAUAAGAUUUUAGCUAAAUAAUUCUGCUCCAUAAUAGCUGCUAUUCUACGGUAAUAUACAAUAUGGUGUCAGAGCCUGAUCCAUGGGGUUAUUCCAUGGAAAGUACAGGCGGCCCUAUUGCCAACAUGAAGCUCAGUAUGGAUUCUGGUACAGCUACUCAGCACUUUGAAGAUAAUUUUAUAGAGUCCCACAUCCAAUCAAUUGAAGGAAAUUAUGUUGCUCUGGAUGACUCCAGCGCAUACUUGGACCGUCUGCAGCAGAAACUGGACAGAGUUCAAGGGAAUUCUGCAACACCUUCAAGUCGCUCCCUGCUGGAUGGUUUGAUGGCAGCCCGUCAUUCCCACCAUCACCAAUUAUUGAGUUCUAUGCGUGAGGAUAAUGCCAGGCUCACGGAGGGCAUAUCUACUGAACAGGGCCCGGACUCAUUACCAAGUGACCUGCCCCAUACACGAGGCGUUCUUCUUCCAGGUGGUCAGCACCAUCUUCACAGUCUGCUCCUAAAGAUGGCGCCGGAUAGAAUGGCGUUGUCAGCAGACGAACUCGUGCAUUUGUUGUCUGCGGACGUUUUAGAUUUUCAACAAAUUACGACUGGUGAAAUUGACAGAAGGCAGAAGACGGUCCAGGAAGUACAGAAUACCAAGAUGAAGGAUGCAGCGUCCGAGGAGCAAGAAUAAACGCAAUGAUUUGCGAAUCAGUGACAGCGGGCAACCAAAGCUACUGACAAGUGAAGAACUUUCUCACCGAAAGGUAAAUGAAGGACAGGUCCUAACCAAACGUUAUGGUCAUAGUAAAUGUCAGGAUAAUAAAUCACGAAAUUAUAAUUUAUGAUUAUUAUUAAGAAAAAUUUCCGUUUAUAAAUUGG